AUGGCAGUCGCGAACCCAAAGGUGCACAAAUCCCAAUACCAUCACUACAUUCCUCGAUUCUUGCUCCGUCGCUUCUCUUGCCCCUCUUCGACCGUUCUUAAUCAUGACAAGAGGCGGAACAGAAAAAGGCGAGUCGAUGAUGUGGUCACCGCGGUCGACCUGAAUCUCGACUUUCCCGAAUUUGUGGGAUUACCGGUGGGACGAAUUUUCGGACAGGUGGACAUGUACAAAGACGACUCGAAAUUCGCCAUGGAAGAACAAGGUCGAAUGGAGACGAAGUUGAGCCUUAUUGAGGGGCAAGCAAGUCGCAUCAUCACCAAAGUCGCAGACGCCCAUAAAGCGGGCAAGAACGAAGUCACGCUCUCACGCCAUGACAAAGAUCUUCUGCGCAAAUACAUCUUCGUGAUGAAGUACCGCAGUCCCAUCUUCUACGAACGCUUCAACCAUCAGAGAGCAGAGGAUUACAAUUCGGACGAUAGGACAUCAUUUCUGGAAUACAUGCGAGAACACAGCUUCGAACGCCCGCUCGAUGUGUGGUUCGAUAAUCUGCUGAAAAUCAUUGACAAGCCUAUGGAUCCUGCCGGUGAUUGGACAACAGAACUGUCCAAUGACAUCUAUCCAGGUGACGCUGAGUGGCUUUACAAGAACAUCCGAUCGAUGUGGCUGUCUUUUGCCACUCCUUUAGAUGCUGAUGAAGAGUUCAUUCUCACCAGCAACGCGUUUGCCAUUCACGAAGGGCCGGUCGACUACUUCACCGACCCUUUCACAGGCAAGCAGACGACGACUGCAUGUACCGAGUUUCACGUGAUAAGCGUCGUUUCUCCACGUCUAGUCAUGAUCUUGCGCCAUGUUCUUCUUCCGGAGCCUUUGGAAGACCAGCGCGACGAGAUCCGAAAUCACAAAAGAUGGAUGUUGGCAGCCCAUAUGCAGGCGCACAACCAACCAGGCAACGCUACAUCCUUGCUCCAAGACUUGCCAAUAGCGAAAGCUCUCAACUCUUACACUGUAAUCCAGGACGGUCGGCUUGAAUUGGCCGAAGGUGCAGACACAGUGCCUAAAGCCGCAGACAAAUUCCAAUUUACUUUCUUCCGCCUAGAAAGCAGACACGUGCAAACAAUCAAUCUCGUCAUGCUGGACCAAGCCCAUAACAGCUCCCACAUUGUGUUCAAAUCAAGAUUUGCAUUGCGAGCAGCUUUGGACUUCUACCUUGAUUUUCCGACUCAGACUAAAAGAGCCUAUAGUAUCAAGACAAUAACGGAGCGAACUGAGGACCCCAUGUUGCUUUUGUUACGCAAAUUAGAAACGGUUGCGCAUUCACUAGGCUCAUCCGUCAGAGCGAAGUACUACAUCGAUCCGCUUAUUGAGACUAGUAAAGCACCGCCAUCUUACGACGCACCGCCAUCUUACGACGCACCACCUUUCGAUGAAGUUGUUGCCCAAGUGUGGAGAACGGCAAAACUCGAUUUUCUACCAAAUAUUCCAGCUGGCAGCAUCUCCGCGUUGCCCAUGACCGUUAUGGUGCAGACUUCGAUCGAGCUAAAGCUAAACAUCAUGACAAUCCACGCGCUUGGCCAGAUAUGCAUAGACGAUAACCAACACUGCUUUCCAGCCUUGGUCUUCCAAGCUGUUCAGAAAGCAGCUACUAAAAGUCCGAAUGAGCACACUAGGAGGUUCUUCAACACUAAUUUGUUAACCUGGAAAUACUGCUGGGAUGCGCUUGUUGAGCGAGCUUUGCAGUUUCCGGGUGCGGACGUCAACCAAAGUGUUGAAGCCUUACGGAAUGACUUUAAUCAACUCUCCAUCAGUCCGAACCCGGAUGCCUUGCUGACUGUGCUGUCCGCUAUGUCUCAAGAAGCCCUUCGAUCUUCAAAAGAAGCUCUUGUAGAACAACCGAGCUCGUCUAACCACGUUGAAGCCGCUCCUGGGUGGUCUAGGCGAGGACUGCGCCAAGCGUUUGACGACAUCGGCCGUGACGCUCAGCACAAUGAAGCUACAUCCACCAUUCCGUCAUCGCCAGACAUGGAUCUCUUCACAUCUGAGGACAGGGCACGUAGAAACAAUGACGUCAAAGUCACUCCCGAACGCCCUGGGCAGGGAUGGCGUGAAGUGUUCGACAACGUCGUCCGUAAAAUUCAAAGUAACGAGGACGUCUUGAGAGUUUUUCUAACUGCCCUCUUUAUUGUAACUUUCAUGUGUUUCUGGCUCGCUGUCCUCGCAUGGAGGCUCAUUGGCCUUGCAUGGUUCUUGGUGCAAUAG